AUGGAUCAGUUCAAACUAUAUGACUGUGGGUCUAACGGGAACUACCAAUUGGGGGUCGGAAAUGAUAAUGAUCUAGACGUAUUGACCCAGAUCGACUUUCCAGCAGCCACCAAGAUCACCAAGAUCGCCAGUGGAGGGAACCACACCUUCGUGUUGUUGGAGACAGGGGAAAUCUGGGCUAGUGGAGACAACAGCUAUGGUCAAUGUGGUACUGUCCCCAAUGAUGAAUCGUUGCAGCAUUUCAAGAAGUUCAGGAGAAUUGGCGAGCAUUUAACUUGGGCAAACAUGGCGUGCGGGUGGGAAUUCUCGGUGUUGGUCGAUAUUGAAGGCAGAGUCUACAGUUGUGGAUUGGGUUCUAAAGGGGAGUUAGCCCUUGGGAAAGGAACGUUCAAGUCUUACGCUAAAGAAGACUUGGGAAAACAUGGGAUGGUUAGUUCAUUGAGACAAGUACUGUUUCCUCUGGAAAUUAAUAAAAUAGUGGAUAUCAAGGCGUCAUUAAACCACGUUAUUCUAAGAACAAGUAACAGCUUUUACGGAUGGGGGUAUAAUAAAGGUCACAAGAUGUGUCCGAGCCUCGGGAAAAUGGUUUGGGCUCCUUCAAAGUUAGAGAAUCUUAGUGCAGGCUUGCAAGGGUUUGCUCUUGGGAGAGAAUACACAGUGUUUUACAGUAAUCGUGAAAUAGUUCUACGAGGUAAAACCGAGAAAAUGCAGGCCGAUGGGUUGAUGGCGUUUGAAACCAAAGAAAUUGCCAAUAUUCAAUCAAUGUGGUCGUCAGUUCAUGUGGAAACCAAAGAUGGGGCUAUCCAUUCUCUUGGUAAUAACUCUCAUGGUCAAAAGCUCAUCAGCAGCAAUAAUGUCAAGAUCAAACAAUACGCAGUGGGGAGUGAGCACGGUAUUAUAUUAGAUAAUAACAACAAUGUGUACUGCUGGGGUUGGGGAGAGCACGGCAAUUGUGGAGUUCACAGUGGCCUCACCAAUGACGACGAGGUUACGUUUGACUUCUUGAAUAGAAUCUACAAUGGCGGUGAAACGGUGUAUAUGGUGAGUGGAGGGUGUGCUACAACCUUUGUGGCGACAAUAGACAAUCAAUCAAAGUAA